GGACGGACCGCGUGCUGCCUGCUGCGUGCGUCUCAUAAGUUUCCACCCACCACGUUCUCCGCCACGACUCCCCAGCUCUCAAAUUCCUCAAACCAUGGCCGCCGCGGCCUCACGGCACCUCUGCUCCGCCACGGCGCUGCUGUCCCCCUCCGCCGCCGCGGCGCCCAUCCGCCAGAGGGUCGGCUACGGCUCCUCCUCCAACCGCCGGUGGCUGUGCCGCCGGUGGGCCCACGGGCCGGAUGCCGCGUCCCGGAUCCGGCGCCUGACGACUCGCUCGAGGACAGCGAGGGUGAGCUGCGCCUAUUCCACCGGCGCUGAAGCAAUCACUGCAUGUUCCUGGAACCAAAAUGUCAUCUGCAGUGAUGUGCCUGUGCUUGUGGAGUUUUGGGCCUCAUGGUGUGGACCUUGUAAAAUGGUCCAUCGAAUUGUCGACGAGAUUGCGGCCGAAUAUGAUGGAAGAAUAAAGUGCUAUAAGCUUGACACUGAUGAUUACCCACAAACUGCAACUUCCUACAAUAUUGAGAGGGUUCCGACUGUUUUACUAUUCAAGGAUGGAGAGAAAAUACAUAGUAUUACUGGAACUCUGCCAAAAGCCGUUUAUGUGAGGGCCAUUGAGAAUUCUUUCUUAGAACAGUGACCAUUUUGGUUACAACGUUAUAUUGUUACUUGGUCCAGAUUCAUAUUCCCAUAUACUUGAUUUUUCACUGCCAGCUAGUGGAAAGAGUAGGGAAGGUAAAGUUGGAGUUACAACUUGAGCUUCUUGUUAUCCCUUAGCUACACAACUUACUGUAAAUAUUGAUGUAGUUCUGAAAAAAAAAAAGGAUUGCUGGACCUCUUUAUUUUACCUUGAGGGUUGUAAUGAAUCAUGAUUGUUAUCAUUGAUGUGAAACAGGGACGAAUAUUUAAGGCCCUUAGAAA